UUUCGCGCUCUAGGGAACAAGGUCGUGAGGCAAGGAGGACUUGGCCUAGAGAGGGCCUUUCUUCCGCUUGACAUCUCUGCGUCUUUUUGCAGAGCUUCCAACAGCGGCAUGUUGGGGCACAGCAUCCGGAGGUUCACAACCUCUGUGGUCCGUCGGAGCCACUAUGAGGAAGGCCCGGGGAAGAAUAUUCCAUUUUCAGUGGAAAACAAAUGGCGAUUACUGGCUAUGAUGACCUUGUAUUUUGGAUCUGGAUUUGCUGCACCAUUCUUUAUAGUAAGACACCAACUGCUUAAGAAAUAAGGAUGUUUUAAUUCAUCCAUGUAACAGAUGCGAAGAAUGUUUCAAGAGGGGCAGUCUCUUUGGAAAAUGGAUCAAACUCUUAAACUUACAGCAUACUAGAUAUGUUUGUAAAUAAACUCAUGACAUGAAUGCCUAAUGCCUCUUCUCUGAAAUAGAGAAUG